UGGGACACCCCAUCACUUUCCUUCCUUCUGUCUCGAUCCCGCCUCUUCGCAUCACACAUCCGUCCUUAUCGCCCCUCCUCACUCGAGUGGGCGGUCUAAUUUGCUGACAUGCCAAGACCACCUAGAUCACCAAGCCCAGGAGACGAAUUUAGGCAUAACCGGUCGUCAGGCGCGAAUUCUCUACCCUCAGCCAUCAUCAAGCGCCAGCCUGGACACUAGGCUGCAUCAACGGCAACCGAAAUGUGAUGCCGGCAGCCUGGCUCGUAGGGAAGUGGGAACUUCUAACCAUUCCGCCGCCUUGGCCAAGCCAGACGUUUCACACAUUGCUUCUUCACAAAUUGGCCAACUUUCCACCACGCUGCGUCCUACUCGACUGCCGUCCAAUCAGUCCAACUCGCCGGCUUUCCACUCUCGUUGCCACCGCAACCACCAUCAUGACCAUUAUCGUUAUUACCACCAGUACCAUCAUCAAAAUUACUUCCAGCAAUACCAACAGCAACUGCACGCUCGCAAGCGUCAUCAUCAGCGCAAACAACUGCGUAAAGCAGAUGGGUCCAAUGGAUUGGGAUUGGGCGAUCAAGAGCAGACCGGAUCACGUUCCAGACUGACUGAGCUUGCCUCCCAUCCACGCAGGCGGCAGCAUCGCCAUCGACAUCAUCGUCGACUGACGGAUGCUUGUGCGCCUGCCGCCAACCCUGCUGCCGACCCUUUCUCUACUCAGCAUCACCGGCACCCGCCCAUUCACACUGUCGCCUGUCGAACAUCCACUGCCCGGACGUCUGCCCUUGACAUCGGCGACGGCAACGCAGUCGAUGAUGCCGUCAGCGUUUGCACACUCAGUACUACCAGCACUCUCAGCACUGCCAUCACAGACAGCACCAGUCAAGCGCGAUCAACCAGCCGAAGCGGUUCCAGUCGCCACGGCAGUGUGCACAGUUGGUCUGGCGACCUCCAUACCGAAUCAGCUGAUUGGGCCGGCUCCCGUCUCGAAGCGGAGCUCACUUCUUCCAGUCUGGAGUGCUUGCCGCUACUGGCGAUUUCGUCUUGGAAAGGGGCGGUCAAUGGCAAUUCAGUUGGGCCUAGGCUAAGAGAUAAGGAAAAAGGGAAGCUGGGGACCAAGGUGGAUUUGGAAGAGGCAGGGCAGACCGGACUUGUCUCUCGAUCGCACCAGAGCAGAUAUGCAGGCACUGGCACCGAGCAGACGGAGGGCGAUGUGCUUGAUGAGAUUAAGCCAAGUCCACAGGAUAAGGCCAUAUCAAAGCGUCCACAUGAAGGCAUUGAAUGCUACCCCAAUUUGGCAUUUGACGCCCAUGAAGGGCUCGACAGCAGACCCAUGCUUCUUACUUUGUCUCCAAGGCCCGACUUUUCGCAUACACACUACACAAAUUCACCUGGUUGCUGUCAGACCCUAGAACGUCCGUGCGCAUUGUCACGACAAUUCGGAACCGACUCUCAUUACCAUGUUGGUGGUGUAACGGCCACUCUCACUUUUCAUGCUACUCACUUUGACCAUUUGGGUUUGGGUCAUUUAACCUAUUUUAUCUGCCCCCAUCCUCUAUCCUCCUUCCGGUGCACAGGGUAA